CUAGCUAUGUCCUUUCCUGUCUCUAUAGCUUGGGUUUUCAGGAACGACGAUUUCAUUCAACCCACCCCUUUUUCCCCUUGUCGCGGUGCUUUUACGUCACGGACGGAGCCCGCUUCCGUCCCGUUGUUCGGUUCAGGGCUAGCAGAAAUUGGCCGGUGAUAUCGGUUGCCCUCGCCAUGGCGGACAUGGAGGAGUUGUUCGGAAGCGACGCCGACACCGAGCCGGAGCAAAAAGAUUCCGAUUCUGGGUCUGAUUCGGACUCUGAACAGGAAAAUGCAGGCUCUGCUAGUAACAUUUCUGGCAGUGAGAGCGAUCGAGAUGAUGACCGAGAGGCCGUGAAGCCUAGCAACAAAGAACUGUUUGGCGACGACAGUGAAGACGAUGCUGUUUCUCACCGCAGCGGCAGCGAUAAUCGGUCCGAAAGGUCCUACAAUCGCUCAGAGGGCUCAGGACAUUCCGACCACGAUGAUAACAACCAGUCAGAUCUUGAGCAGCACAGUGGUUCCGAAGUCGCUCGGGAUGAAGACGAGGAUGAGGAUCACAGGUCCGAUGAAGCCAGCCACCACUCUGAAGCCGAAGGGUCUGAGAAAGCUCACUCGGAUGACGAGAAGUGGGGGAGAGAAGACAAGAGUGAUCAAUCGGAUGACGAGGAGAAGCUCCAGAUUUCGGAUGACGAGGAAAGGCCGCAGAACUCCGAUGAAGAGGAGAAGAUGCAGAACUCAGACGACGAGGAGCACGUUCAGGUCUCCGGCAAGGACAGGCUGCAGCACUCGGACGAGGAGAAGAUGCACAACUCGGAUGAAGAAGAGCAGCCGCAGGUGUCGGACGAGGAAAAGCUGCAGCAUUCUGACGAGGAUGAGAGGACUCGGAAUUCUGACGAAGAAAACCUGCAGAACUCAGAAGAUGAAGACGAAAGGCCGCAACAUUCUGACGAGGAGAAGAUGCAGAAUUCAGAGGAUGAAAGGCCCCAGCGCUCGGAUGAUGAAGAGCACAGGCUGUCAGAUGAGGAAGAGGAGCAGGAGCAUAAAUCUGAGUCUGCCAGAGGCAGUGACAGUGAAGACGAAAUUCUACAGGUGAAGCGUAAAAAACAAAUUGCGUCAGAUUCUGAAAUGGACAGCGAUGCAGAAGGGCAAAAAGACAAUAGGGAUGCAAUGGACCUGUUUGGAGGGGCAGAUGAUAUUUCUUCAGGGAGCGACGGAGAAGACAAGCCCCCAACUCCAGGGCAACCUAUUGAUGAGAAUGGUCUGAACGAGGAUCAGCCGGAGGAGGAGCCUAUUCCAGAGACCCGAAUAGAAGUGGAAAUUCCGAAAGUGAACACUGACUUAGGAAACGACUUGUAUUUUGUGAAGCUUCCCAACUUUCUCAGCGUAGAGCCCAGACCAUUUGAUCCUCAGUAUUACGAGGAUGAGUUUGAGGACGAAGAGAUGCUGGACGAAGAAGGUAGAACACGGUUAAAACUGAAGGUGGAAAACACUAUUCGGUGGCGGACACGCCGAGACGACGAAGGGAGCGAGGUUCGAGAGAGCAACACCCGGAUUGUCAAAUGGUCCGACGGGAGCAUGUCGCUGCAUUUGGGGAAUGAGGUGUUUGACGUCUAUAAAGCACCGCUGCAGGGAGAUCACAACCAUCUCUUCAUCAGACAAGGGACGGGUCUUCAGGGGCAGGCCGUGUUCAAGACAAAAUUAACCUUCAGGCCUCACUCAACAGACAGUGCCACACACAGGAAGAUGACCCUGUCACUUGCAGACAGGUGUUCAAAGACGCAGAAAAUCCGCAUUUUGCCCAUGGCAGGUCGCGACCCAGAAUCCCAACGCACGGAAAUGAUUAAGAAAGAGGAGGAGAGGCUGCGUGCUUCCAUCCGCAGAGAGUCCCAGCAGAGGAGGAUGCGGGAGAAGCAGCACCAGCGGGGGCUGAGCGCCAGCUACCUGGAGCCCGAUCGCUACGAUGAAGAAGACGAUGGCGAAGAGGCCAUCAGCUUGGCAGCAAUCAAGAACCGCUACAAAGGGGGAAUCAGAGAGGAACGUGCUCGGAUUUAUUCUUCCGACAGCGAUGAAGGUUCAGACGAAGAUAAAGCACAGAGGCUACUGAAGGCAAAGAAACUCAGCAGCGAUGAGGAAGGUGAGCCCUCCGGCAAAAGGAAAGCAGAAGACGACGAUAAGGCCAGCAAGAAGCAUAAGAAGUAUGUGAUCAGCGAUGAGGAAGACGAGGACGAGGAGGCAUAGCGUGCGUCACAAACCAAGACGUUGACGAUAGAACUUUAUACAUAGGCUGUACAGGGGUUUUUCUUUUUUGGCAACCCAGAUGUAAGUAAAUCCUAAAAAAGGAAUAUUUGGGGGAGGGGGCAAAGGACACAUAUUUUAACACAUGUUAUCGAUGAAUAAAGACAUCUGGUGGUCCUCCUUUUUAAAAAGAA